GGUCACCGACUAUCUCGCGAGAGGUGAAGGGAUCCGUGUGACCUGCUGGAGAUGGCGGCGCCCGCGGGGAGGCUGUUCGUGCAGCGUCUGAAGGCCGGACUGCCCGGUCUGAUACCUGUGCGAUGGAGUAGAUAUAACCCUGCGUUCCUCAACCCAGUCACAGAUAAAGAGAAGUACCAACGUCCUUUAGAAGAAUUCAAUAAGGAAGAAAAGGAAGACUGGGAUUUUAAAGCCACCAGACCAAUCAAAGCAUGCCCACCCAGUCUGAGUAGCUGUAUUUACUAUGAUGAAACUGUGAGCAAAUUCACAAACAUGAUGAUGAAGGGUGGCGACAAGAUACUGUCACGAUCCAUCAUGAACAAGACUUUAGAGAAAAUAAAGCGAACGCAGUUGGAAAAAUACUACAGCGCCUCCCCCGAUGAGAGAGAAAGUAUUGAAUGCAAUCCUUACACCGUCUUUCAUCAAGCAAUUAACAACUGCCAGCCCAUCAUUGGCCUCACAAGUGUCCUAAAAGGCGGGAAAUCCUAUCAGGUACCCACACCGCUGACAGAAAACAGACGUCGCUUCUUGGCCAUGAAGUGGAUAAUCACUGCAUGUAGAGACAAAAAGAUUUCUCGGAUACGGAUGUAUGAGAAACUGGCUGAUAUCAUCCUGGAAAGUUUCAAAGGGGAAGGAAAUAUUGUCAAGAAAAAAAAUGAGCUCCAUAAAAUGGCCGAGUCCAACAGGGCAUAUGCUCACUUCCGCUGGUGGUAGAUGUGGCUGUACUCCUUUACCAGAUCAUCAUUAUACAGAGACUGUUAAAGGACAAGAACUGGAAAAGCGUAUGUCUAGAUUAAGAAAGGUACUACUGUGC